GGGAGCCGAUAAAAGCUCUGCCCGCGGCCGGGCCGGGCUCGGGGCUGUGCCUGGCCCGGGCCCGCUGUGCCAUGGAGCUCCCGUGGCUGGGCGAGCACUGCUCCGAGCGCACCUGCAAACAGCUGGAUUUCCUUCCUCUGAAAUGCAACGCAUGUGGGGAAGUCUUCUGUAAAGAUCACAUCCGCUAUGAUGACCACAAGUGCAGCUCUGCCUACAAGAAAAAUGUGCAGGUCCCAGUGUGUCCCCUCUGUAACACACCUAUCCCAGUGCAGAAGGGAGAAAUCCCAGAUAUUGUGGUUGGAGCCCACAUAGAUAAGGACUGCAAAUACAAUCCAGCACAGCAAAAGCAGAAGAUCUUCACAAACAAAUGCUUAAAGCCAGGCUGCAAGAGGAAGGAGAUGAUGAAGAUGGUUUGUGAACAGUGUGGUGGCAGCUUCUGCAUAAAACAUCGGCAUCCUCUGGAUCACGACUGCAAAGGGAGCAGCAAGCCCAUCUCCAAGGCAGGAUAUGCAGCUCUGAUGAGAGCAUCUCUUCCCACCUUCAAGUCCCCGGGAGCAAUUGGAGUGCCAUCUAAUGGGAAUCCUCAGCACAACAGGUAUCAGCUGCACAAGGAGAAAAGACAAACUCAAACCAGGCUGGUGUCCACACGGUGUAGCAGUGCCCCUGUCACACCUCUGACUGCUCUAGAGUUGGUAGCUGAGCUGUAAAUGGUGUUGGGAGUGCAGUAGAGGGGCUCUGACAGCACAUGUGCAGAUAGUAGAGGCUCUUCACAUCUGGAUCAAACUUUUAAAGUUAAUAUUUUCUCUCUUUAAAUUUCUACACAAUUAACUUAUUUUUGUAUCAUAAUUUUGUAUGCAUUCAAUAAACUGAUACCCUUUCCAA